AUGCCAGCCUCUCGCCGGCAGAAGCUUGGUGACUUGCAGGCUCGAGUUGUGAGCGUUGCCUCGCAAAUUUCCAACGCUUCGCAUCAAACUACUGUGUCUGACUUUCUAGAGGCAAAAAUCACUGAGCUAGAGGCGGAGAAGGAUUACAUACGAUGCAUCAAAGAUGGGCUUCUCGAAGCCCAAGAGCAGGGAUCUCUCGCGAGCAUUGAACUGGAGGAGCAGCUGGGCCCACUCCUUCAUGAGUUCCGAUCACAAGCCGACAUCGUUCGCGCCAUGAAACGCGACCAGCGAACCCUCGUGGAGGACCUUCAAGACAAAGUUGAUUCCAAACGACUGCAAAGUACCGAUCCAGAGGAGGACGACGGACUCCUCGAGCGGGCUUACCGAGAUGCAAUAAUGGAAAGAGUCAUGUCCGCAGUUGCGCGGCAGGCCAAAUCCAAAUUCGACCACGGAAAGUUCAAGAGGCGAGUCAACAGGUACUAUGGCUUCAAACAGCCCGCGUUCCCGAAAAGCUUUUCAUGGUGUCACGUUCUUGGUUUUCCCACCCCCGCCAGUAUCGCGAAAGUUGCUCAUAUCGUUCCGAAGAGUCUUUCUUCGGAAGAAAUCGCACACAUCUUCGGUCAGGAAGAUGAUGUUAUAACAGACGCAAGGGGUGCGCUUUUGUUGUACGCUCCGAUUGAGCUGCUCCUCGACACCGGGGCGAUUGCCAUCGUACCAGUCCCGCAGGGAACAUCACCGAUCGCUCAAUGGAAAUGUGUCGUUCUGGACGAGUCACAAAAUGAUGAGAUAGCUUGGUACUGCGGAGAUGGGACUUCGAUCCUAGUCAAGGAUCUCGAUGAAAGGGAGCUUCGAUUCCUCAACGAUAAUCGCCCACGCCGCCGCUACCUCUAUUUCCGUUUUCUCAUUUCUUACUUGAACGCGAAAAGACUUGGCAAGACCUCGGCAGUCCGCAACAUCGAACAGCGCCGGUUCUGGCCUUCAGAUGGUGCAUAUUUGCACCGAUCCACGCUUGUCGCGCUUGCUCGCUGUAUCUCUGGCAGCGAAAUCCCUCCCUCUCUUCUUCACAACAUGACCUUCGAGGGGUCGAGCAGCGCAUUGCGCGAUGAGGAGAUUGGCAUGAUGGCGGGGGCUGCCAUCAGAGAGGAGACAAAUAGAAAUCUGAGGGAAGCUGUGGUGUCGACUAUGUGGGAGGAUUGA